UGACACAAACUAAACAUACUUUUGUCUACUCUACCCGAUCGAUCAGAACUAGGGCGUUUCCUUUCUCAGAUGGGACAACAAAAAGUUAGUUCCGCAGCAAACACCAAAAUCUCUUUGAUAAGUCAGCUGAAACUCAAGGUUCACUUAUUUGUCUCUCAGAGUUCCAAGUCCUGCUUUGUUAACAUCGUCUAUUGUUAAACUAUAAAAAAGUUUUAUAACCCAUUUUUCUCUUCCAACCUCUCUCCUUCUAAGGUGCUGUUCCACUUUGUAAGGAACAAAAUGAGAACAAUGGCUGCAACUUUCUCAUAUCCAGCCUCUACCUACUUUGUAAGGUGUUGUUCCAUGAGAGAAAACCAUGACCAGGUUAACCACCAAAUGAACAGCAGCAUCAGAACUAAUGGGAGUUUUAGGUCCCCGGUUAAAGUUGAGUCACUAAGCCAAACAGCUUCAACCAUCACCACUCUUGGUCAAGCUGUUACAAUUGGUGAAAAUGGUCUGCGCCAAAACAUCCCAACAAAGAAGCAAUUGGUUGAUCCUCAUCGACAAGGGCUCAUCAUUGAAGGUGGAGUUGGUUAUAGACAGACUGUUGUCAUUAGGUCCUAUGAAGUUGGAGCUGAUAAAACAGCCACACUUGAGAGCAUCCUCAAUCUUCUUCAGGAAACAGCAUUAAACCAUGUUUGGAUGUCUGGACUGCUCAGUGAUGGGUUUGGAGCAACACAUGGAAUGGUGAGGAACAAUCUCAUUUGGGUUGUCUCAAGAAUGCAAGUUCUGAUUGAUUACUAUCCCAUCUGGGGAGAGGUGGUUGAAAUUGACACAUGGGUUGGAGCAUCAGGCAAGAAUGGAAUGCGGCGGGAUUGGCUGAUAAGAAGCCAAGCCACAGGCCACAUUUUUGCACGUGCAACAAGCACGUGGGUAAUGAUGAACCGCAAAACAAGACGUCUCUCCAAAAUGCCAGAAGAGGUGAGAGCAGAGGUUUCACCUUGGUUUAUUGAGAAGCAAGCAAUAAAGGAAGAUGUUCAAGAAAAAAUAGUCAAAUUAGACAAAGAGGCAAAAUACAUGAAUUCUGACUUGAAGCCCAAGAGAAGUGAUUUGGACAUGAACCAACAUGUUAAUAAUGUGAAGUAUGUAAGAUGGAUGCUAGAGACCAUCCCAGACCAAAUUCUAGAGGAGCACCAAUUAUCUGGUAUCACACUAGAGUACAGAAGGGAAUGUGGAAGCUCAGAUAUAGUUCAAUCACUGUGUGAACCUGAGGAGGAUGAAAUACUUCAUGGUGUGGUAGAACCAGAUUACUGCACAAAUCUUCUCAAUGGGUUAUCAUCAGAUAUUAUAAAUGGUAGUGGAGUCCUAACUUGCCUUGAGAAGAGGCCAUUAAGGUAUACACACCUUCUACAAACCAAAGGAGAGAAACAAAACGACGAAAUUGUCAGAGGAAGGACUACAUGGAAGAGGAAGAUUUCUACAAUGCCAUUUUCCACUUAGACCUAGUAAGAUUCAUAUGUGGACUGGGAAGGAACAAAUGUUAGCAUAUUCUCUGGUGUACCACACAAGAAAUUCUUGGUCUAAACGAAAACGAUAUGAUGGGAAAAAGACAACCAGGAAGCGUUUGGAGAAAAAACUAUACACGUAACAAUUCCAAUGAAAGUGUAAGUUAUGAAUAUGCUUCUUAUUUAAUUUAUGAAAUCAAUAUAAAAUGUGAUUAUUUAGUUGUAGUAAAUUGUAUCUAUGGGGGCAAACUAUAUUAUGAUUUAAUUUAAAAUGAAAAAUGUUUUCCAACAUAUUGAAGUAAAA